UAAUUCUGAUAAGCCCCCAUCCAAAAAUAUCAAAAAAAAUAAGCCCCAGGGGGCUAAUUCGAGGAUUUACGGUAUUGAUCGGCAGCGAAAGUAUAGACUGAGAGAAAAGUGUGUUUGAUGCAAGAAGGAAAUGAACACAGGGCAUGCCCCCCUCCCACUUUUUUGCAAAACAAUAUAGCUUUUCUCAAAAUCUUUUGUUAUGAUUGCUAAAUUUUCCCUUCACCACCCCGCCCCCUAGUUUCCAUCCUGCGUCGGAGCCCAUGGAACACUGACCAUUUGAAGCAUAAUAAAUCAAAUAAUGAAGAAUAUGCCAUCUCGGAAUACUUGUUGAGAAAAAACAAGCAACAUUUUCUUUUCCAAAUGUAUGAAACCUUCACCAUACAUUCACAAGGAGUUAUGCCCCAAAAUUAUCUUAAAGUUUUACACUUACGGUCCGAAAGUAUUGCACCCUUUGCCAAAAAAGGCCGUUCUGUUAUCUAAAGAAAAUUUAAAUAGCUGUUGCAAGUAACAAAAAGUUUAAAGUUUUAGCGGGAAAUAAUAGAACAUUUAUCAAGGAAUUGUAGUUCAGAUAAGAAUUGCAAAAGAAUCGAGUUUCUUCUAUUUCUAAACAAUAUCCAUAAUUACGAAAACACGAAAAUUGAGCUUUGAUGAUAAGUAUACCUGUGAAAUAUUUUCAAUAAAAAAGGUUUUCUUUUCAUAAGCAAAUUUGCAAUUUUCAAACCCAUCGGCAAAAGAAGAAUGGCUCACACACUCUGUCGGUAAAUGGGAGCUGGAAAACCCUCUUGAGAACAUUAUCUAGCGACGGCCCUGGUCUCUGGGUUUGGAAAGUACAAUAGGGGAGCACAUUACGUCAAGAAGAGCUCAGAUUUGAGGCCUCUUUCGAUUUUAGCAUCAUUUCAUUAAAGACUUCCAGCCUGGUUUAUUUUGUAGUCAUAAGUACAUUACCAGAGAACAUGUUACACUAAUUUUACAUUUAGAAUCAUAAUUGCGUUCUCGUGCCAUUUUUGCACAUUCUGUGGUAGGCUGUCAACCAUCUCUGCAGAUCCCUCCUACCAACAACAUCAUGAUUGUCCCUAAUUGAUAGUAUCUAAAACUAAUUGUUCCUUCUUUGAUUCCAUUUUCCUUCAAGUGUUCCUGGCCUUUGUCUCUCGUUUUGCCUUGGUUUCACAAACGGGAAGUUAUUGCACAUUACAAUGGCCGUGAGUUAUAAACGAAUAAACGAGCUACUUUUCAUUAACGGGACUGUAAGGAGCCACGUGACCGAUAAGAUGUCUUCUUUCUUUUCACACUCCGCCACCGAAGCUUGUCAAAUGCCUUUGUACGACAAGAUAUCGUCGACAACAGCAACGAAAUUCUCAAAAGCGCGCGUCAUGAGUAAUCUUAUUACACAAUGGCUUUCUGAAUAGAUCUAAGAUUUGCCUUCAAGAGCAAGUACUCAAGCUUUUGCAGAGGAGAAAAAUGUUAAUUGCCCAUGGGAACUACACAAACAAUUCGCUGAAAGUUGUUGCAGUCUCGACUUUACAAUGAUGGGCGUAAGGGCAGCUCAGCAGUUAUCUCAAGGGAUCGACGCACGUCGACACGAGAAUGAAAUCGACAGCAGCGAUGCUUUUAACUUUUUAUUCUUCGUAGAAGCCAUGAAUUCAUCGCUGCAUGGCUUUGCUGGCGACUGGGACAUGGCAGACCAAAUCAGUUAUCCACGCUUUGAUAACGGUCAACCCCUUCAGCCGUCGCUGUAUCCCAACACCAGGAAUUACAAUAUCGAUCUCGAUCUGCAGAGCAACUCGGUAGCCAUGGAUAAGGACUUACUUUUCAAUACAACGCAGGUGGAAAGCGUGAAUUUGAAAGGCCUUACCUGCUACCCUUUGCAGAAGAUUGUUAAGCAGGAAAAUGAUAACAGCCCGUACUCAGAAGUAAUCGAUACAAACAGUGAAGAAAUUGAUUUGAGGGCUGAAGCGAGGAGCUUCGAGUGCCGGACAUGCGGCAAGAUUUUCAAACGCAGGUCGAGCCUUUCAACGCACAAACUGAUACAUGACAACAUCAAACCAUUCUCGUGUUCCACUUGUAAAAAGACCUUUUUGCGACGAUCGGACUUAAAAAAGCACGUGUUGAUGCACACUGGCCAGAAACCGCACCAGUGCUUGAAAUGUGGCCGUGUUUUUAGCCAGUCUUCAAAUAUGUUAACUCACAUGCGCAGACACUCUGGUGUCAGACCGUACUCUUGCAAUAUAUGCGGUAGCGCUUUCUAUAGGAAGGUUGACGUUCGCAGGCAUCAAGUCAAACACACGAGAGAUGAACGCAUCUAAUUAUUUGCCAUUCACAACAAUUGUAUAUAACUAAAUCAACCGUGUACUAUAAUGCUCUGAAUAAAUUCAUAAUUCAAUUUGUAAGGGAAGGUAUUCUUUUCUCAGAACAUAGUUGUUAUCACCCUAUUCGCUGUUCGCAAUCAGACGUUUUACAAAUAUUUAAUGGUGAUUGGAUUAUAGAGCCAAAUUAGGUAUUAUACACAAUUUAGAAAGAAUGUUGUUUAAAGUUUACGAAUGUUUAAAAUGCUUACGUUUGCUAAAGUUUACGAAUAAAUUAAGAUCUCCGGGGAUCAAACUUUCUCAAAGUAUUUCUCGGAAGUUUUCUCCCUCAAUUUUUUAAUCUUAAGUAAUAUUCAAACUAGAUACAGCAACAAAAUAUAAGUAGCAAAAUCUGAUGUCUUGACUGGUUGUUAGCCUUACUACAUUUGGGACUUCGGAAGUUUUCCCUCUCUUUUGUUCCUUCGGGGGUAUUCUUACAAAAUGUGUAAAACUGAUGUAACUUGGCUUGGAUGUGAUGUAAAAUUGUGCCUUUGAACUAUGAAAAGCAGUAAUAAUUCUAAGUUGCUAUUGGUUUAGUAAUUUGCCACCCUGAAAAAAGUUGGGGCCAUGUGCUUCAAAGCGCAUCGCUUCAGCCAUUCAAUGGUUGUAUCUCAGUCAAGUGUCACUGAGCUUGAACGCUGAACUAAGGGCUUAACGCAGUUUAGGAAACACUAGCUUGAUAACUAAGGGGCCCAGACAAAGAAGCCCCCAGGCUAUUCUCAUAUCCAUGUUUUCACGACUUUGCCCAAGGUAACAUCGUUUUCAAAUAUUCUAAAAGAUACUUUAACUCAAAGCAUGUAACUCGGAAUCUCCAAGAAAACUACCAUUUUGAUAUCUUGGUUUUCUGUUUAAUAUGCUAUACACCAUUGGAUGGGACCUUUUGCAGUCCGUAGAAAGCAAGGUCCGCGGAUCAUAUCACGGAUUGAGGGGGCUAGAAC